AUGAAAAUCGAGAAUCGCACCUUUAUUGUGUCAGGCGGGUCAUCCGGUUUGGGUCUUGCAACGGUGCACGAUCUUCUCACUCACAAGGCGUAUAUUGCCAUUCUCGAUCGCUCUGCACCUCCAACGGAUGUAAUUUCUUCCAGGGUCAAGUACUUCAAAACAGACAUCACAGAUGUUGCCCAAAUCAAUGGCGCUGUCGAGGGAACAGUCGCAUGGACAAAAGAUACGGGAGCCGUUUUGGGUGGUGUAAUCAAUUGCGCAGGAGUGGGAACAGCAGCGAAAAUUAUUGAUGCACACGGAGAACCGCAUUCUCUCGAUCUUUGGAAUUUCGCCAUAGAUGUGAAUCUCACUGGGUCGUUCAACCUCUCACGCCUUGCUUUGAAACACCUAGUCAAGGUUGCUCCUGAAGAAGGAAGCGACGGGGAAAGAGGUGUCGUGAUAUUCGUUGCAAGUGCUGCUGCCUUCGAGGGUCAGCCAGGUCAAACGGCAUACUCUGCCACGAAAGGUGCUCUUCGGUCCAUGACUCUCCCGAUGGCGCGCGACCUCGCUCGACACGCCGUUCGUGUCGUUACCAUUGCACCUGGAGUGUUCGACUCCAGCAUGACUGCCAACUUCCCCGCAAAGACGCGCCGUAGCCUUGAGAAUGAGGGCAUUGUAUAUCCCCGGCGUUUUGGACAACCUGUGGAGUUUGCAAGAACGGUUAGAUGGAUUCUCGACUGCCCUUACGUGAAUGGGGAGACCAUUCGGUUGAGCGGCGGUGGAAGACUUCCAGGAAAGCUGUAG